AUGAAUGAAUUAUUGAGCACUCAAAAAUUAUGUGAAGUUUUAGAAGGGUCUAUUAGUGAUUCAAAAGAGAAAAGAAGUCAGUGCGAAGAAUAUUUAAAGCAAAUCACAAAAAUAGAUGGUUAUAUAAAUGUGAUCCUAAAUAUUGUCAAAAACAAUGAUGUUGUAGAUGAUAAUAUAAGAAUAUCUGCAUCUAUUUUUUUGAAAAAUAGCAUAAAAAAUAAUUAUGACAGACUAAAAAAUGAAGAAAUAGGUGCAUUAACAAAAAAUAUAUAUGAAAGCCUUCUAUAUUUAGAAAUGAAAGAUAAACAACUAUAUAUUCAGUUAUUCGAAAUAAUGAAAAUAUUAAUUCAUAACAAUUUUCCUGAUUAUUUUUAUAUAUUAGAUAAUAUACUAGAGGAUAUUAAUCAAAGAAAAGAUGUCAGAAAGUUGUAUGUUAGUUUAUAUUGUUUGAAAUUGAUUUUUAAAAAAUUAAAAAUAAAGAAAAAAGAAGAUAAUGAAUUAUAUACAGAAAUUUUAAAUAAAUAUUUUUAUCCAUUAAUAAAUUGCUUAUAUGAUUUAAGUUCAUUAGAUAUAAAUAAUAAUGAUGUUAGUGAAAUCCUAAGUAUUAUUUGUAAAAUAUAUUAUUAUGUGAAUGAUAGUUACCUGAUUAAAGAAGUUAUUAUUUUAGAGUAUAUGGAUAACUAUUUUAGCUUAUUUGAUUUUAUUUUAAAAAAUGAAAUAAUAAUUCCUAAUUAUAUAGAAGAUGAAAAUUAUUUAAAAAAUUUGCCUCAAUUUAAAUGCAAAAGAAUAGUUCUUGAUAUAAUAACCAGGCUGUUUUCUAGAUAUGUAAAUACAAAUUAUAAUAAAUUCAAUAAUGAUAUUACGAAAAAAUUUUGUGAAAUGUUUCUAAAUAAAUGGUUAUGCCCCUUUUUUGAAGAUUUUAUUAUCAUUUUGCAAAGCUAUCAUAAAAAUAAGAAAACAUUAACAGAUGAAUGUUUAGUAUUUAUAUUACAAGGAUUAUCAUAUGGUGUAGAAAAUGCCUUAAUUUAUAAAAAUUAUAUAAAAAAUAAUGUUGAUUUUCUAGUUAGAAAUAUUAUUUUCCCAAUUUUAUGUUAUAAUAAUGAUGAUAUUGAAAAAAUGAUUUAUGAUGAAUACGAUUACACGAUUAAUAUAUUCAACACAUAUGUUGUUGAAGAUAAAAAAGCAAGUGCCAGUUCUUUUAUAAAAGAUUUAACACGAUAUCGAGGAUUAAAGCAUAUAUCUGAUUUAUUUCUAUUAUGCGAAAAUAUUAUAAGUACAUAUAAUGAAAAUUAUAAUGUGAUAUAUAAUAAUAAUUUAUAUAAUUCUAAUAAUAAUGGAAAAGAAAAUCAAAGUGAUAUAGAAACGUUGCUUAACAAUGAUUUUUGUAAAUAUAAAUAUGGAGCUUUAAAAAUAUUAGAAUGCCUUUACAAUAGGUUGUGUGAUAAAAAAAGAAACAUGAAUAUAGAAGAAUUUUUAAAAACAUAUGUUGAAAAUGACUUAAAUAGCCCAAAUUACCUGUUAUGCUAUCAAUCUAUUGUUACAUAUUGUUGUUUUAUUAAAAAAGUACAGCAUUUUAAUGAUUUAAAUAGUCUUUUACGUAAUUAUGAAAUCAUACUAAAUCAUAUGGGUAGUUCUAGCUUAUUAGUAAGAGUGGCUAGUGCAUCAUAUAUUAAAAAGUUCUUUAAAAUUAAAAAUGAUUUUUUAAAAAAUGCAAUUAUUAAGACAAUACCUAUAUUAAUUGAACGCUUAUUAAAUGUAAUUAAAGAGAUAAAGUGUGAAUAUAUAGUAAUGACUCUUGAUAAUUUAGCUUAUACAUAUAAAGACUAUAUUACACCUUAUGUAAACGAUGUAAUUAUAGCAUUGUGCUCUAGUUUUAUUUACUUGAUGAAUAAAAAAGAAGUGGAUGAAAAUAGAAAUAAUUCAUUAGAAAAUAAUUUAAGAAAUCACUGUGAUAAUAAUAUGAAUGAAAAUUCCAUUAUUAAGCAAAAAAUUGGUAUGAAUGAAAAAAAAGGAAAAAAAAAUGAAAAUGAAGAAUUAGAUUUAAAUUCAGUUAUUUUAUCUAUCUUGACAGCAAUAUUAAGUCUUUUAGAUUCAGUUGAUGAAGGAAAUAAAGAAGAAAUUUACAAAAAUACUGUAUCAUAUUUAUAUAUUGUUGUAGAUGAAACUUUUAAAUCUCCAUCAAUUGAUUAUUUAGAGGAAGCAUUAUCACUUUUAACUAAUAUAACAUACUAUUUGGAUAUUGACGAACAAGUGUAUUUACGAUUUGAAAAAUUAUACGAUAUAUUUUAUUUUAAUUCUGACGAAAAUUUGAAAAUGAAAGAAAUUAAUUUAAUAAGGAAUAAUCCACAGUUAAUAUUAAGUACUGAUUUAAUUGUCAGUGAAAAAAAUAAUGAUGCUUAUUUUUAUGAUUUUAUUUUUGACUUUUCUGUUUCUAUUGGGGUUUUUGAUAAUAUUAUAUCCAAGGCAACAUCAUGUUUUGUAAAUAUGUAUAGUCAGAAGUAUUUUAUGAAAUAUAUCCAUAUGGUAUAUAGGUUGGGAAUAUUUGCAUUGCAUUCAAAAAUUAUAAAAAGUAGCUGCAAGUUGUUUUUUAUUUUAUUUGAAGCUACUGUUAAAAUAAGAGGAAUUGACGAAUUAAUUAUUCCAAUUUUAACUGCUUUUUCAUUAAAAAUUUUUAAACAUGAUGAAGUAAUGGCAAUAAUGAAUCAAAAAAAAAAAGAUUCUGCAGAAAAUAACGAUGAGACCGAAAGUAUAUGUAGUGAAUAUGAUGAAGAUAUAUUAAGUAAAACAAAUUUAGAAUAUAUCAAAGUUUUAUUUUAUGCUAUUAUAAUAUAUGAUGUAGAUAAAUUUUUUCUCUUCUUCAAUAAUAUGAAUAAAACUAAUUAUAUUUUAUUAUUUCUUUCUAAUUUAAAUGAUAUAAAAAUUAAUAAUACAAGAAAAUUAUAUUUAUUAGCAAUGAGUACUAUACUAGAAAAUAUACAUAAUUCUAAUAUCAGCAUGCAUAUAAAUGAAGUAAACUCUUUUAUUUUAAAUUUAGUUAAUGUAGCCAAUGCAUAUUAUGAAAAUAAAAAUACCAAAGAAACAACUGAAAAGUCAUUUGAUUCAGAAACAUCAUCAGUAGAUGAUAACAGUGAAGUCGAUAUAGAUGAAAAUGAGGAUGCUACCAAUGAAAAAGCAUUCAAAUUAAUUAAAACUAUUGAAGCUUUAGAAAAAAAAAAUGAUAUGAAAAUAAAAUUAAAAGAUAACGUUGCUUUAGAAAACUUAGAUAAUAAUAUACAAAAAGAUAAUUUUAAUAAAGAAGUUGAAAAUAAUUUUAAUGAGGAUGAUGAUGAUGAUGACGAUGAUGAUGCUUAUUAUGAUUAUGACGACUGCUCCGAUUAUAGCAAUGAUGAAUAUAGAAAAGGUUUUUUCGAUGAUAUUAAUGCUUUCAAAAUUUUAUAUGAUUCUAUAUCAAAUUUUUAUAGAAAGUAUGAAAAUACAUACAAUAAUGAUAUAUUAAGUAAAAUUAAAUAUUUAUUUGAUGCUGACUUAAAUGCACAGAAAGAACAACAAACCAAUAUUUGA